CCAAGGAAACCUGAUCCAGCGGCUUCUUGGCCGCCCUGUCUCAGUUUGCAGCACUCGCGUCCAGGGCUCAGGAGCUGAACACUCGUGAAGGGAACAGACGCAGAACAGGAGAGCUCAGGCUCCUCUUGAGUUUUGCGUGACCGCGGGACUCCAAAAGUCAUCGCGCCAUGGAAGACAAAUCCAACUCGUUCUCCAACAAGGAGGAAAAGGCGGAUGGGAAUAAUGUCUUUCAAAGGCAAGACUCGAUACAGAAAAAUAACACGGGCAGCCAGAACAUGAAGGAGCACAGCAACUCAGUGGGCUUCAAGGGGGAGCGCGAGGAGGCCAUGGUGGGCUUUGACGACUUGGAAGGAGCCUCCAGGCAGCACGGGUUUAUGCAAAGGCAGUUUGGGGCCAUGAUGCAGCCCGGAGUCAAUAAGUUCUCCUUGCGGAUGUUUGGCAGCCAGAAAGCCGUGGAGAAGGAGCAGGAGCGCGUGCAAACGGCCGGAUACUGGAUCAUUCAUCCAUAUAGCGAUUUUAGGUUCUACUGGGACUUGAUAAUGCUCAUCAUGAUGAUGGGAAAUCUAAUCAUCAUUCCUGUGGGAAUAACCUUCUUCUCAGAGCAGACUACCACCACCUGGCUGGUUUUCAAUGUGGCCUCGGACACCAUCUUUCUGGUGGACCUGGUCAUGAACUUCAGGACUGGGAUUGUCAAUGAGGAGAGCUCUGAGAUCAUCCUCGACCCAAAAAUAAUCAAGAUGAAUUAUCUGAAGAGCUGGUUUGUUGUGGACUUCCUAUCAUCCAUCCCAGUGGAUUAUAUCUUUUUAAUAGUGGAGAAAGGCUUUGAUUCUGAGGUAUAUAAAACAGCCCGAGCCCUGCGAAUCGUCCGCUUCACCAAGAUUCUCAGUCUCCUCCGGCUCCUAAGACUGUCCCGUCUCAUCAGAUACAUUCAUCAAUGGGAGGAGAUUUUCCAUAUGACCUAUGACCUGGCUAGUGCUGUGGUAAGAAUAUUUAAUUUGAUAGGAAUGAUGCUGCUUCUGUGUCACUGGGAUGGCUGUCUCCAGUAUCUGGUGCCUCUCCUUCAAGAGUUUCCGCCUGACUGCUGGGUGUCCUUAAACGGGAUGGUUAACGUUUCCUGGGGUAAGCAGUACUCCUACGCCCUCUUCAAAGCCAUGAGCCACAUGUUGUGCAUCGGGUACGGUGCCCGCGCUCCCGUCAGCAUGUCCGACCUGUGGAUCACCAUGCUCAGUAUGAUUGUAGGCGCCACGUGCUACGCCAUGUUUGUAGGCCACGCCACGGCCCUAAUCCAAUCACUGGAUUCCUCACGGAGACAAUACCAAGAGAAGUACAAACAAGUGGAGCAAUACAUGUCCUUCCACAAGCUUCCAGCAGACAUGCGGCAGAAAAUCCACGACUAUUACGAGCACCGGUACCAAGGGAAGAUUUUUGACGAGGAGAACAUCUUGAGUGAGCUCAAUGACCCGCUCAAAGAAGAAAUUGUCAACUUCAACUGCCGUAAGCUGGUUGCCACCAUGCCGCUGUUUGCCAACGCUGACCCCAACUUUGUGACCGCGAUGCUGAGCAAAUUGAAGUUUGAAGUGUUUCAGCCCAAUGACUACAUCAUAAGGGAAGGAACAGUGGGUAAGAAGAUGUAUUUUAUUCAACACGGAGUGGCCAGCGUCAUCACCAAGUUCAACAAAGAGAUGAAGCUGACAGACGGCUCUUAUUUUGGAGAGAUCUGUCUGCUGACCAAGGGCAGGCGCACAGCCAGUGUGCGUGCAGACACUUACUGCCGUCUCUUCUCCCUGUCUGUGGACCACUUCAAUGAGGUGCUGGAGGAGUACCCCAUGAUGAGAAGGGCAUUUGAGACUGUUGCCAUUGACCGACUGGACAGAAUCGGGAAGAAGAACUCCUUGCUGCUGCAGAAGUUCCAGAAGGAUCUGAACGCCGGCGUGUUCAACACCCAGGAGAACGAGAUCUUGAAGCAGAUCAUUCGUCAGGACAGGGAGAUGGUGAUGAUGGUGGACCGCAAGCAGUCAGUUACCGGGAUGAACUCAACUCCAAUGUCAGGAAACUCCAUCAUUAACUCACCAGCUCAACCGCCAUACUCCACUGCCUUCGGCACCAGUCAGCUCCAGCAGUCCUCAGUACCUCUGACCUAUAGUGCUUCAGCUAUCGCCAAUGCCUCCGCCGGCCGUAUCCUGCCUGUGGCUGCGGCCGCCGCGGCCGCCGCUGCGCAGGGCAUUUUCCCUGCUCCCAGUAUUUCCCAGGGCAACCUGAACUCCUCCUCCAUCAACCCCCAGACCCCACUGCAGACUCCCCUGCAGCAGUCGGGCUCCAUCAUGUCGCCCUGCUCCUUCACCGCUGCCAUGUGCAGUCCUCCUGUACAGACCCCCCUCGCCGGUCGGAGCUUCCAGUACAGCUCUCCCACUGCCUCCCAACUGUCCCUCAUCCAGCAACCUAGUCAGCCUGCGCCUUCACUCCCCCCCCAGCCCCAGCUCCCCCAGCAGCCCAUAGUGUCCAGUGCAGCGGGCACCUCUGCAGCCCAGCCCCCUCCUCCACCACAGCAGCAGCAGGCCCCCUCCCCUCAGAGAGGCGACAUCCAUAAGAGCACACAGGCUCUUCAGUCGGGCAGCUUGAGUCGGGACCUUCGACACUUAUCGGCGUCCCAACCGUCACUGCCACACGAUACAUCCCUGGGGCCCAGGGCGCACCCUGCUUCAGGAGACUCUCUGGCCUCCAUAGUGCCACCCACAGCGGCCGCAGCCAUCCAGGGAAUGAGUCUGCAGGGCAUCCGCAGCACCAUGCCCCAGCGGGUCAGCCUGUUCCGGCAGAUGUCGUCCGGAGCCUUGCCUCCGGUUCGCUCGUCACCUGCUGCUGCAGCUGCUGCAGCGGCGGCGGCGGCGGCGGCCGCCCCCACCCCUCCCACAUCCGCCGCCCCACACAGGGAGUCUCCUGGAUCUAGAAGAGAUUCUGUUCUUAGCAGUACAGAGAUUGAGCAGGACAAAAUGCGCUUUGCAUCAAAUUUAUGAUCUUUUUUAUUUUUUGAACUAUAUUUAAUUCAUUUUUAAUGAUGGAGAUCAAACAAAAGAGAUAAAUACACUGAACUUUACAUUUUUGUUUCUCUCCAGCGCUCUUACAAUAACCUCAUAGAAACAUGUACAUACACUGUAUUAUAUUUUAGACAGAUUGUCUCCCUAAACUUAAGAAUGUAUAUUAUACAAAUACACUUCUUUUCUUUAUCGCCAUAAACAUGAAGUACGAGUGUGUGAGUCUGAGAGUGUGUGUGUGUGUGUGAGCAAAAUAAAUCUACAAUAAACUGUAUGGCAACAGCAGUUGAAGCUGUAUUAUAAACAUGAGUCUUCCUUUCAAACUAAUAUACACAAUGUAUGUUUUUCAUUUGCUUUCAUUAUGGCUUUUCUGGUUGUUGUUUUUAGUAGAUGCAUUGUGGAUUUGGGGUAAAUGUUUUUUUUUUUACCAUUUAGGAUGAGGAAUAGUUUCUUCUCCUCUUAAGCAGCUUUAGACACCACUGUGGAAGAUCACAUGCAAGAAAAUAAUGGGACAAAUGAUUGAAUGACAAAGCACACGCUGCUUGAAGAACUUCUGGUGAAAUGUCCAGUCCACAUGAAUACUGUACAUGUAAGUGUUUUGUUUCCCAUCAAUGGAAAUAUAGUCUGCAGAGCCUCUAUAUUCCACAACGGCUCACGUUCAAACCAUGAUAGUGUUAUGGGCCCAAAGGGAAUAGAUAAUACAAAUGCUGCUUUCUUUGUUUAUUUUUGAAGAGAAUCAAGUGUGGAGACACAUAAGGAUGGAUGCUAUUGUUUUGUAUUUCUGAUUUCCAAUGGCUGAGAUGUUGCUUAAAAAAUCUGUAUAUUUAUAAUAUUUAUAAAGUAAAGAUUACCACCAUUAUGCAAUAGACUGUGACAUAAAGAUACCUAUAUGUGUGUAAAUAGUUUUGUAGAUCUACUGUAGUAUUUACAGAUACUGUGUGGUGCAUUCUCUAUCAUAACAAUGUCUUACUUCUAUCAGCAGUCUGGUUAUCAUUGCAUCAUACGUGACAGAAAUGACAAAACACUCAAAAACGUGAUCAACAAACCUUCACGCAACCACUGGCACUUUGUGUUUGAUGCUGUUUCUUUUUC